UUAGCUGUCAGAGACAGUAACAUAAGAGCAUACUCAGUAAAUGCUUGCUUUACUUCAUCUACAACAUUUUGUGCCAUGGAGCAAUGUUCUUUGAAUCUGGUAUAACUGCUUUAACAAGGUGUUACUUUGAGUUUCUGCAUUAGAAGCUCAUCUCAACAGAAGAAUGCAAAGCAGGAAUUGUUAGCAUUCGGGCAGCUGUCUGGAAAACACAGUUUAUAUGCAGGAUUUUAAACUACUGAAAUUAGGCUUGGGUUUGGGUUAUUUUUUUAUCUUCAAAAGAAGAGCUGGUAAAACUAAACCACAAGUUCUGGGCCAGAUAAGCUGAAACUGUUGUUUUUUUUAACUGUAAGAACCAUAAGUAUGAAACACCAAGAAGUUCCUGCUAGUGAAGCAAAUGUAUUAUACACAGGGAUAGGACCUUCAUGUACAGGUAACAAUAUUGCAGUCAGCUCUGUGCAUCACAUGAAGGACAAACCUUACCUCACCAAACGGAGAGGAUGUCCCAGUGAUCCUUGGACUGUGAACCAAGCUACCAGUACUCAUGUGCAAAAACAAACCAUCAGCAAUCAGUUCCACAGCUUGGGUAACAGCGAAUUAAACCGCAGCGAUGAAUGCUACACAGAGACAUCAGUUAUUGCUCAGCCCAUAUUUGUUUUUGAAAAGAAAGAACGACCUUUCAAGAGGCCUGCAGAAGACCUGGUUUGCAAGGCUGAAAAUGGUGAUUUCAUUGGUUGUUCCAGGAAACGGGCAAGGUCUUCAUCUUUUACUUUCCAAACGUCGGACUCACAGUUCUACAUAGAUACAGCACUGUCUCAGAAAAGAGUGAGAUCAUCUUCCUGUACCAUCCUUCCGACCUUUCCUCCAUCACAGCCAGUAAAGAAUAACGUAUUCAUGACCUCAGCUCUUCUCCAAAGAAACUAUGACACCACAAGAACAGAAAAAGGAGUCUUUUCACAAAUUCAGCAGUGGACUGUCAUAAGACCUGCCAUUCUACAGCCACCACAGUCUCAGAUAUGUGAGGAAAGAAGACAGAUGUGCACUGAAAAUAUACUGGCAUCUUCCAAAACUAAAGAGAAAUCAAAUAUUCAGUUGUCUGAAGAGAGCUCUCAUUGCCCAGCAGAGAACUCAGGAAGUUCUGAGACAGCAGUGAGGCCAUCUAUCUCCAUGCACCUUUCUAGCCCUAAAACAAUAGGAAAUCAGACAGUUGAAGAUGUAACUUUUUUAAACAACAGAAAUUCUACUUUUGUGUUUGGAGAAAACAUGGUAGAGAGAGUUUUGAGUCCUCAGAAAUCUCCCAAGCUGCAUAAUGAAACUGAUCUAUGCAAGAAAGAAAUAACAUCCACAGAUGCCAAAACUGUUCAUAUUGGUUAUUCACAUACAAAAACAUUUUUUGUCAAGUCAACACUAAUUGAAUCAGCUGCAGCUUACAUUUCCAAACCAGCACAGAAAUAUUUGUUAGAUAAAGUUGAAGUUAUAACAGGGGAAGAAGCAGAACAUAACGUGUUGCAGAUCAGCUGCAAGCUUUUUGCAUUUAAUAAACUCUCACUAUCCUGGACUGAAAGAGGAAGAGGAUCCCUGAGGCUUAAUGACACUUCAAGCAAUAAACAUGGAACAUUACAGUCAAGGCUAGUUAUGCGAAAUCAAGGCAGUUUGAGACUGAUUCUCAACACCAAACUCUGGACUCAGAUGGCGAUAGAAAGAGCAAAUCGCAAGAGUCUGUGCAUCACUGCGACAGACCUAGAAGACCAUUCUGUUAAAGUAUUUCUAAUACAGGCAAGUUCAAAAGAUACUGAGUACCUGUAUACAGCAAUACAUCACCGUCUUGUUGCACUGCGAAGCUUUGCUGAGCAAGAAUUGGAUGCAAAUCAGGUUGACACAGAGCCAGAAACAGCCUUUCAUUCAUUAAACUGUGAUAGUGAUGAUGAUGAUGAAACAAUAACUCAAGUGAGCAGCAAUGAAUCAGGACACAAUUGUUCCCAUUUAUGGAUUUUUGGAGAGGUGGAAAUCAGUGGUGAGGGAAGGGUCUGGUUCUCCAGCAAGGCCAGUUGGUGUCUCCACUCUUUUACCUUUUCCUCAGCUGCUUUGGCUUGCAGUUCUAAGGCCUGCUGAUGUGCUAACUCCUCUGCUUGAUUCUGAGCCCCUAUUUCCAGUUCCUUUAGCUCCAAGAUUUGCUGAUGUACUUUCUCUCUCCUGCCACCUGCAGUCUGAACAGCUCUAACUGUGCAACCUGGACUGUGGGACUGUUGAGCCCUCCAAACCCACCAGCCUGGGUUGUCUCUCACAGUGUGAUGUUAAUAUUAAACUACAAGCCUCUGUCAGGCAAUGCACUUAUACAGCCAUCCACAGGCAGGGGCAUAUCUAGUUACAUGAAUGAUCUCCCAGCCAGUCAUGAACCAGCAAAUACAGAGGCCCCAGCCAAUUCCCUCUAGCUCCCAAGCCUUGCAUCCAAACUGUACUAUCUUGCAUUGGUCAGAAGCCUGGCCAACAUAAGCUCAUUACCUCAUUCACCACUCCCUCAGUGUGGAAUGGAUUUACACCAGCCUUUGUAGUCUGAACUGAGAUUUCCCAAGCACUUCACCCAAAGCCACACCGUUUUAGGUAAAAUAUAAAAUCAAUUUAUUAAAUACGAAAGGAUAGAUUUUAAGUUAUUAUAAGUAGCAGGCAUAGAGAUCAGAGUAGUCAAACAGAUUGACCUGCAAAAGUGUGUCUGGCUGUUCCAGGGUUAGCUAGUUAAAUUAUAUGUAUAUAACCAAUGAAUACAUCAUAUCCAGACAUUAACCUAUUACUCUAAAUCAAAUCAGUAUUUCAUAAUAAAGUGUGAAUAUACUG